UUGCGGCUCGUACACGGGCCGAAGUGCUUUUCGAUUUUUCACAUUUCCUUGCAAUACCGUGUCCGUGCACGAAAUGCGCGGAUUCACCGAAUGCGCGCAACCAACAAAACCAUCCCAUCUUUCAUCGCGUAAUAUCUGAACACCGCCAUGACGAUAGAAGAAGCCCUCCUAGAGAUGGAAUCUCUAAUGCCUACUAACGUAGGUGUAGGGCGAGUCGCCCACCAGGGCGAGUCGCCCACUUUUGCCAAGACCCCACCAAAACAUCAACUCUACACCAAUGCCUCCACAACCACGUCAAAUAGACGCGUCCAAAGAGGCUUAGAUACAGCUUGCGCUACUAGCUCUUUAACAAGACCCCAAUCUCUCAGUAAGACGCGCUGCAGCUCUCUACAACGCGCCCCAAACAACUCUACGCGACCAACUCACUAGACAACCUUCACGCGUUAAUACUAUAGCUAAUUCACGGAAUCUGACUGCUGCUGAGGAGCAGGUAGUUGUUGCGUACAUACUUAAGCUGGUCACGCAAGGAGAGUCCCCCCGGCUCGCAGCUGUGGCUGAUAUGGCCAAUUCUCUGCAAAAAGAGCGCAGUUUGGCCCCUGUUGGCUCAAGGUGGGCCAGCACAAUACCCUAGAAUUUAAGUUGUAAUUAGCUCUAAUUUAAGACAAAUAUAAGAGGGAGCAGGGUAGCUUACCUACUUCUGUUCUAAGCGCAAUUGAGCACUACGCAAAGGGGG